AUGGACAAUCUCAAUGCUUACUACUGGCAGGUGUGCAGGGGCGGACACGUCCCCCACGGUGCGGUGAUGGCGGGGCCCGACAAGGACGGCGCUCCCGUGUACGUUGGAAGGGCUCACCACGCAGGUGACCUCGUGCCGGCCAAGGUGGUUCCAAAGAAGGGCGGCGCCUACGUGCCCCACAACGGCCAGGAACACUUUAAGACCGCCUUUGAGGUGCUCUGUGGUGGCAGCCCCGCCUGGAUGUAUGCAAAAGCAGGUCACGUGCCGCCCUCGGGGUACCGCGUGGGGCAGACGUCCACAGGAGAGCGGCUGUUCGUUGGCCGUGUGAUGCACGACGGCGCCACCGCCGUUGGCAAGAUUCAUCCGUCCCACGGCGUGUGCUACAUCCCCUAUGGUGGCAGAGAGAUAGGCAAGAGUGAGUACGAGGUGCUGAUCACAAAUUAG